GUUUAUGCAACCCUGGCAUUGGAAAGAAGCCAUGUUUUCAAUUCAUUUGAUAUAAAUUUACUUAGAUUUUCUGAAAAUAAAAUAAGAAGCACAAAUCAAUAAACUUGUGUGUAUCUCAUCUUCUGGGAACGUACAGAGCGUCAGAGGGUAUUAAUUAGCUGUGUUUUUACAUUUCACGCUGACGAAUUAUUGAGGCUGAAGUUUCAUCAAAGUGGCUCCAAAAUAUAUCAUCUGAAAAAGUGCAAUAUUUUAUAAGUCCCAGAAAUAACGUUUACAACCAAGUUGAGACUUAAAAAAUUAAAAGAACUUAAGUAUUUCCUAAAAGUCCUCCAAGUUAAAAUGUCCGGUGUAUAGUUGUGUAUAAGUGAAAAGUCGAGAACACUCAAAUCGUGAAAGCGUACAUUUGUGGUUAGUAAAAGUGCAGUGUCGACAAAUAUUUUUUCGGUAUAUCGCGCCGGUUUUUGUAAUGAAGGUUUUGACAAAUAAAAGCGAGAUAUGCAAUAUGUGGCAAAAAGAAGGCAUUGUUUUGUAUAUUGAAGCGCCCCUGAUUUCGUAUAAACCAAAAACAUUUUUAGGAAAAAAUGGAUUCGGAUGAUUCAAAUGGAUCUUCAGCAUCAAACUCGUCAUCGAGUUCGUCGGGUAAUUCACGUUCCUCCCCAGAACCUGUGAAUGAAACGGAAGUUACAAGUGCACCCAAUGUAGAGACAAGCGAGCAUGCAGAGGAACAGGGGCAAUCAAGGCCGAAUUCAUUUUUUUUUAAUGUUGGGCCGAGCUCCCCGCACUCUUCCUCCAAGUCUGACUUCAAUUCGUCUUCGUCUUCUUCAUCUAGUGAUAAUGAAAAUGAUGGAAUAAAAUCACCUUUGGAUAAUUCAUUCACCAAAAGAAGUCGUUCUGGAUCCCCUCAACAGUCAAAGUCUCAACGGAGCUCAAGACAUUCAAGUUUAUCAUCGAAUAGCAGUCGCAGUCGCAGUAACAGUCCCAAUUCUAAUUUCCGUAAUAGCGGCCCAAAUAUUAGCCAUGAGGAAUUGAGCGAUGUAAGCGAUAUGGAGAGUGAGAAACGUGGUUCUGCUUUGAAUAGUAGUAAACAAUCUAUCGAAGAUGACGCCACAAAUGUUUCUUCUGCAUCAAUUAAUUUAGAUCACGAAGAAGAACAGAAAGAAACGAACGCAGAACGACGGUUCUCUUUAGAAACAGAUAAUAGCCAGAAUGCAGUUAUAACCGAUUUACGUCAAAAGUUGGACUUGAUUAAAACCCAUGGAAAGACCUCGGAAGCUACAAAACCACAAGAAGUACCAACUGAUGUAGUCGAAAACGACAGAAAAAGUGAUCCUAUUGAGGGUUUGGUCAAGCCUAAUGACGAAGAUGCUCUCGACUUUGAAGCUGAAGAAGGCGAGUGUCAAGAUGCCAGCAAAGAUGAUGAGAAACCAGCAGAUGAGCAGGAAAAUGGAAUUGGCAAUGAUAAGGAAAAAAAUUCAAAAUCUGAUGGCGAAGCUGAAGAAGGCGAGGAGCUGGAAGAAGGUGAAGUGUCAGAUGAAGACGAGAAACGGCCGGAAGAAACUGAGCCAAAACCAGUAUGUCGUUUUUAUACCCGUGGCCAAUGCACGUGGGGCAUGAGUUGCCGCUUUCUUCAUCCUGGUGUCACUGACAAGGGAAAUUACACCAUGUUUGAUUUAGUUCGCCCUGUACCGGUAACACAAACAGGUCCAUCUUCUUCUCGGCCUGCCAAUUAUCCCAGUCAUGCAGUCGACUAUCACGAUUUUCGCUCUGAACGCCCUUCAAUGCAUCAACGUUUGGGGUUGCAACAUCCCCCCUCAGUUUAUAGUGCGCACCAUGAUCCUAGAGCCGCGGCAGCAGAUGGACCCGUAGUUAUUGAAAGUGCUUGGGAACGGGGAUUGCGAACAGCUAAAGAAAUGAUGCGCAAGGCAAAUAAAAGGAAAGAGCAAGACAUGGAUUUUGAGGAUAAGAAAAUGAAUUUGACUUUAUCUCCGGAUGAAAUUGAAAAGGAUGCUUAUUAUUUGAAAGAAAGGAGUUCUCCCCAAGACAUUGCUCCACCCUACAGCCGACACGGCUUAUAUCAAGAACCACUGGGCAUGUAUAGUCCAACUGAGCGAUUUCCUCGUGGUCCUCCAAUUCCGUCAACAUAUGAUGAUGUGGAUUCGUAUGGGCGUUCUACAAGAUAUCGCGAGCUGCCACCUCAUCGUAUGCCGCAAUAUGAGGACGAAAGGCGAGUUCGUCCUACCCGAGAAGUGAUUGUGCAGCGUGUUGAGCCUGUUGGUCGUGGUGAUGAAUGGCGAGACCCAUGGAUGAGAUCUCCUGGCAUACGUGGAGAAUCACGAGAUCAUACUAGCAAGCGUCGACAUGAUCGACGUAGCUAUAGCAGCAAUUCAUCAUAUUCUUCUUCAAGCAGUUCACGAUCAGAUUCAAGUUCGGAUAGCAGUCGUUCAACUACUCCAGCAGGCCACAGACGUCGUUAUAACAGUUCCCAUAAGGUGUCUCCUGCACGCAGACAUGGAAUGCGUUCCGCAAGAUCACCAAGCAUUCCUCGCCGUCCACGACAUUCACCAAGUACACGCCAUUCUCCAAAUGUGAAGAGAAAAGGUACUUUAUCUCCGACUCUAGAAAAGAGAAGUGCAUAUAGUCCAGUGCACAAGCGAAAGAAACUUAUAGCAGCCACAAAAAAAUCGGACAAAUCGAAAUCAAGGCAUCGAGUAUCCUCCAGUUCUUCUGGUUCAGGUUCGUCUGACUCUAGUGAUUCUGAUUCAGACACUGCUUCUUCCAGUUCUGACAGCUCGUCCAUGUCUAGGGAACGGCCUAGCAAACGUGCUAGAACUUCGGAAAAAUUAGUGCAUGAACGUAGAGGUGUGAAGAAAGCGGAGCCAACUAAAAAAAGAUCACCAAUAUCUAUUGAAAUAAAGAAACAGCCCACAGUAGGAGUAUCAGCACUUGCUUCAUCACCCACUCAUUCGAUAAAUUCAGAAAAGGAUCUGAAAAAAUCUCGACGAGAGGAACUAUUAAAGCAACUACGAGCUGUAGAAGAUGCUAUUGCGAAAAAAAGAUCUAAACUUAAUUGAUUUAUUGGUCGGAAAAGUAAAGACACAAGAAAGUAAUAUAGUAAAAGUAUAUCAAGUACGGUCUUUAUGAUAUAUAUGUAAGUGUAUUUGUAGAAAAAUAUUUGGUAUAAUGAUAAUACUUCGAAAUAUGAAUAAUAAAAUGUAGAAUAUAAAAUAGAA